AUGUCUCUUCUUGCCCCCAGCAUGGAAGGCUCCAUCGUGCGUCUGCCUGAGAUCGUCUCCUUGAAAAGGAAAUACAAAGCCUACCUCUACCUGGACGAAGCGCACAGCAUCGGUGCGGUGGGAGCGACUGGCCGCGGAGUUGUGGAGUACUUUGGGAUGAAUCCUGACGAUGUCGAUGUGCUAAUGGGAACAUUCACCAAGAGCUUUGGUGCGGCUGGAGGAUACAUAGCUGGCAAGAAGGACCUUGUGGACUUUUUACGAACUCAUUCUCACAGUGCUGUGUACGCCACAUCCAUGUGUCCACCCGUGGCAGAGCAAAUCAUCAGGGCAAUGAAGUGUCUCAUGGGACUGGAUGGGACAACACAAGGACUCCAGCGAGUACAGAAGCUAGGGAAAAACACAAGAUACUUCAGGCGAAGACUGCAUGAAAUGGGCUUCAUCGUUUAUGGCAAUGAUGAUUCUCCUGUUGUUCCCUUGCUCCUUUACAUGCCUGGUAAGAUAGGGGCUUUUGCAAGACGGGGGUUGGGGGAAGCAGUUUUGAAUGCUCUGGAUGAAUUGGGUGAUUUUCUACAGCUGAAGUAUUCCCGGUAUUCCAAGUCAGCCCAUCCUGAACUAUAUGAAGAAACUAGGUUUGAACUUGAAGAUUAA